AAAUGGACAUGUUUUUCCUGCCCACUAAUCAUUUGUGUGGUGUAAACUGAUAUUGAAAACUACCGAAUGUUUGUAUAUAUUUCUGAAAAAAAGGGAUAUUUUUAAGCUAUGGAAGUAAACAGUCUCAUAAAGUCUAUGCGGAGAGAUGGUUUCUUCCCAUAAUGCACAGCGGCUGAGUGUAACCAAUCCGCGAUCAGUUUCCGGUGGGUCACGUGGUCUCGUCUGACAUGAACGCCAAGUCACGUGCAAAGAAAACCAACGCGAGCCCGGACAAGAAAAAAACCAAAUCGGUUCUGGCCACAUUCAAACAGGCAACUCAAGUCUUCAAGCCGGCAGAGGAGGAAGAAAAGAAAGAAACCCUGGCCAGUUUGGCGGCCAAAUACAGGGCGGGCUUAGAGCAAGAAGAAGCGAAACGUAAAACGGAAAUGGAAGAAAAAGAAAGGGCCGCGGCUGCUGCUCUUACGGCUCCGGCAGUCGACAGUGGGUCUCAAACUACUGACGGGAAUUUGAAGUCUUCGGUAGCGGGUAAAAAGAAACGCGCCAGAUUUCCCGCGUUUAUGAAAAAGCGCGGGAAAAAAGACGAGCGUGCCGGACCACGUGCUAGCGUCACGCUGGACACGUUUGGUACUUCCGGUCAUGCUGAGCCAGGUUCCAGGAGCUUCCCUGAAACCAGACUCGACCUUGGAGAAAGUUCUGGAACGGAGGAGGUCAACAUAGACGGACCCGAAGAGAACACAGUCCACGUCAAUCUACGGAAAGAGGACAGUGGCUUGUACUUCAACGAUGGACUCCGGAAAAUUGACUUUAUACUGGUGUACGAGGAGCAGGUGGAAACGAAAAAGUCGGUGUCUGCCACAGAGGAACGGAUAAAAAAAUGGCGGCAGAAAUUUUUUAACAAUUUGAAGAAGGCUGGACUUCACAUAGAAGAGGAGAUGGUAGAGAACGACAAGAAACUCAUCACCUUCAUCAAGCUCCACGCGCCCUGGGAUGUCUGUUGUGCCUACGCCGAGAGCCUCAGCAUCAGGGCGCCAUUACAGGUUGUGCCAGAUAGCAAGGACGAAAUUCAGGAGCCCAUGCCCUUUGACCCUCACAGUGUGUACUUCUGUGAGGCACACCCAAACCCAACAAGCAAUUGGUCAUCCAAGUUUUUAGAGACCUUCCACAUCCCCAAUAUGAUGGAUCAAGUAGUUCCCAACAUGCCACUUGAUUAUUAUACAUGUCAGUUUAAAACUUCAAAGCUAGAGAGGUUUUUAGGCAGCGAGAACCCAGACACUUUUUUCGAAGAUAUUCACAGGCAUCGAAUUUUAUGGGAAAUUCUCUCAACAACAAUUUACGGCAAAAAGAAAAGAGCUGAGAUUGGGGUGGAGAGGUUGAUGGAUGAACACGGAUUAGUUGCUGCCUUUCCUUUACAUGAUGGUUCCCACAAGAACCAUGACCGCAAUGCCAAACCUGAGACGCUGAACAAAAGACAAGUCCUGUACAAGUACUGGGCUCGAUGGGGCUGUUGGUACAAGUACCAACCUCUUGACCAUAUCAGAGAGUAUUUCGGUGAAAAGAUUGGAAUCUACUUCGCCUGGCUUGGGUUCUACACAGCCUGGUUGCUUCCUGCUUCAAUUGUUGGUGUUCUUGUCUUUCUCUACGGCCUCAUCACAUUCAAUGACAAUAUUCCAGCCAAAGAAAUAUGUGACAGUAACAAAGAUUAUAAAAUGUGUCCGGUGUGUGAUGAAGACAUCGGCUGUGAAUACUGGUACCUCAGUGACGUCUGCCUGUUUGUUAAAAUUGCUUAUCUGUUUGACCACCCCGGAACUGUGUUCUAUGCUGUUUUUGUCUCUUUCUGGGCUGUGACAUUUUUGGAGUAUUGGAAACGUAAAAAUGCCAGUUUGGCUCAUCACUGGGAUUGUUUAGAUUUUGAGGAGGAAGAGGAGAGACCCAGACCAGACUAUGCUGCCAGAGCUCCAGAGUUGAAGGAAAAUCCCAUCACUGGCAUAAAUGAACCAUAUUUUGAUCCCAGUAAAAGAUUUCCCAGAAUCCUCUCUGGUAUUGCAGCGAUAGUCAUUAUGAUGUGUCUAGUCCUCAUCUUCAUCAUAGCUGUCAUCAUGUACAGAGUCCUCAUCAGCAUUCCAUUGUUUGAAAACGAAAAUCUCCGAGCUCGGGCCUCAACCAUAGCCAGCAUGACAGCUGCUGUUGUCAAUCUCAUCAUCAUCAUGACCCUAGGGAAAGUCUAUGAGAAGCUAGCCUAUAAACUUACCCAAUGGGAGAUGCAUCGUACACAGACAGAAUUUGAGGACCAGCUGACGUUUAAAGUGUUCAUCUUUCAAUUUGUCAACUUUUACUCAUCCAUUAUUUAUGUUGCAUUUUUCAAAGGGAAAUUUGUUGGUUAUCCAGGAAACUAUAACAGGUUCUUUGGACUUAGGAGUGAAGAGUGUAACAAUGGUGGCUGCUUGGUUGAACUUGCCCAACAACUGGGAGUUAUUAUGAUUGGUAAACAGAUUAUAAACAAUGCUCAAGAAAUUAUAUUGCCGAAACUAAAAGGAUUUUGGCAUCGGCUCAACACACGGUUUGACAAGAAAGUCCAAAGGUCAAGAUGGGAGGAUGACUACGAGUUGAUAGAAAAUGAGGGUCUGUUUCAGGAAUACUUAGAAAUGAUUCUCCAGUUUGGUUUUAUCACCAUUUUUGUGGCUGCCUUCCCCUUGGCUCCCUUGUUUGCACUUUUAAACAAUUGGGUGGAGAUCAGGCUUGACGCCCACAAGUUUGUGUGUGAGACCCGGAGGCCAGUGGCGGAGAGGGCCCAGGACAUUGGCGUGUGGUUCACCAUCCUUGAGACAUUAGCUCAGCUUGCAGUCAUCAGCAAUGCCUUCCUCAUAGCCUUUACCUCUGAGUUUCUGCCUCGGCUGAUGUAUCAGUACCAGUACCAGUGGAGUUUGGAUGGGUAUACAAAUUUCACGUUAGCCGAGGCUCCUAACAAUACCCUUAGAGAACCAUGCAGAUAUCGUGACUAUAGAGAACCUGAUGGGAACCAUACCAUGUUUUAUUGGAAACUAUUGGCAGUCAGACUUGCUUUUGUCAUUGUAUUUGAGCAUGUUGUAUUCGGCAUCUGUAAGAUGAUUGACAUACUAGUCCCAGACAUUCCAGAGACUCUUGAGCUGAAGAUCAAGAGAGAAAGAUAUCUGGCGAAACAGGCUCUAGCAGAUACAGAUACACUGCUGAUGAUGGCAAGAAGAAAUGAAUUGGAAGAAGAUGAUGUAGACUUGAAUGUAAGGAAAACACCAUCACCUAAAACUUCAGCUGCUUAAGCAUAUUCAGCAUUUCUACCAGUGUGUAGCUCAGUCUCUGCAUUUCAUAAUAAAAUCAUUGACCAAAAAGUUUAGAAAACCAUAACUGAUAAGGAAAUUGAAGGAACAAAACAGUGGAAUAAAUACAGCAUUUAAGGUCUAUUGUGAUAGUUAUCUAAAACUUAUUUUUACCAAUAUUGUUUUGCAUUAUUAGACAUUAUUUUAUUGUUCCCAUUAAUAAUCUGUAUCAUUUUUGUGCUUUCAAAAAAACCUAAUUAUAAAAUUAUCUAAAUUUUAAAAAUAGAUUCCUUUUUUAUUUAAAAAAUAUAAACAUAAAAAUAGUUAUGUUCCAUUAAAAAGAAGCACUUUAAAUUAUACCGCAACAAUUUUUAAUCAUGUAGGUUAAGGUAGAUCUGAUAGCAGAGUGGCUUUGCGCUAAGGAUUACAAAUAGUUAAUUAUACAUGCUGUUCAAUGAGCAUGCCUACUUCACACACAUUAUUUAGUCAAAUGAAAAUGUUUCAUAUAAUUCCAUUGAUUGGCUUUUGUAUAAAGUUGACAUGCAUUGCUUAAUGCUGUUAAUGUAGAUUAUACUUGAUUAGAUUUUUACUGUCAAAAUUUGAUAUUUUUAUAAAUUUAUGAUGUAAGGUCUAUUUCAAACAUAUUUUGACACAGGUAAAAUGAGAAGAAUUUGUAGACCAACUUUACACUAAGCAAGAGUAAUAAAAAUUAAUAUUCCUGCUUUUGAGAAGGGGGGG